GUUAACACCGCUAUUUGCCCGCCUCCCGCGGGCAGGAGGCUCCCGGCCCACCUCGCCCCGCCUCCCCUUCCUGCCUGGGGUCCGCCCGCUGGUUUGCAGCCCGCGGUGGCAGCGAGAGAGGAGGGCGCGGCUGGAGCGGCGCGGCACUGAGGCGCUGAGGGACCCGGCGUGGACCGCGGAGAUGCUGGGCGUGGCGGCCGGAAUGACCAACAGCAACAUGGCUAAUGCCCUGGCCAGCGCCACAUGUGAGCGUUGCAAGGGGGGCUUUGCACCUGCCGAGAAGAUCGUGAAUAGUAAUGGUGAGCUAUACCACGAACAGUGCUUUGUGUGUGCUCAGUGCUUCCAGCAGUUUCCAGAAGGACUCUUCUAUGAGUUUGAAGGAAGGAAGUACUGUGAACAUGAUUUCCAGAUGCUCUUUGCUCCCUGCUGCCACCAGUGUGGUGAAUUUAUUAUUGGCCGGGUUAUCAAAGCCAUGAACAACAGCUGGCAUCCUGAAUGCUUCCGAUGUGACCUCUGCCAGGAAGUACUGGCAGACAUUGGAUUUGUCAAGAAUGCUGGCAGACAUCUUUGCCGCCCAUGUCAUAAUCGUGAAAAAGCCAGAGGCCUUGGAAAAUACAUCUGCCAGAAAUGCCAUGCCAUCAUUGAUGAACAGCCUCUAAUCUUCAAGAAUGACCCUUACCACCCAGACCACUUCAACUGUGCCAACUGCGGGAAGGAGCUUACUGCUGAUGCCCGAGAACUAAAAGGGGAACUAUACUGUCUGCCUUGCCAUGAUAAGAUGGGGGUCCCUAUAUGUGGUGCCUGUCGGAGGCCUAUUGAAGGGCGUGUAGUGAACGCUAUGGGCAAGCAGUGGCAUGUGGAGCAUUUUGUAUGUGCCAAAUGUGAAAAACCAUUUCUUGGACAUCGCCAUUAUGAGAGGAAGGGCUUGGCCUAUUGUGAAACCCACUAUAAUCAGCUAUUUGGUGAUGUUUGUUUCCACUGCAAUCGUGUCAUAGAAGGUGAUGUGGUCUCUGCCCUUAACAAGGCCUGGUGUGUGAGCUGCUUUGCCUGUUCCACGUGCAAUACCAAGCUGACACUCAAGAAUAAAUUUGUGGAGUUUGACAUGAAGCCAGUCUGCAAGAAGUGCUAUGAGAAAUUUCCACUGGAGCUGAAGAAAAGACUUAAGAAACUAGCUGAGACCUUAGGAAGAAAAUAACUUCCAGUAUUUUUUUCUCUUCUAGGCAAAGAUGGAUUACCAACAUUGCUUAACUUGAUCUGCCCUUAUUUAAAGUUAUAUCAGACCAUUAGAGACAAUGGUUUUCUUAAUUUCCUUUUUCUUGUUAAAAUUUAUGCUCCUCUUAAAACACAGAUGAAAUAAGAAUCUGCCUUUGCCUAGCCAUAGCAGUUUAUGGGCGUGUAGGCUAUACAGCAAAAGUUACGUGAUAAAUGGUCAUUUUUAACUAAGCUCCCAAAAAAUUUAAUGUAAUUUUUCAAAAUUAAUGGAGUCAGCUUUGGAGCUAGCAAGAUGGCUCAAUGGGUAAAAGCACUUGCUGCCAAACCUGAUGACCUAAGUUUAAUCCUGGAUCCUACGUGAUGGA